AUGGGUUGUCAAGAUGAGCUCCCAGGUCUGUGCGCCCCCGUCACCACGCCAGAGCUCCGCAGCGAAGCCCCCUCGGACACCCCUGGUGGACACCGAGGUGUAGCCGCCCUCCCCGCCACCGCGCCGCGCCCCCCACCUGGGUUUGGCCCGACACGUGGCCCUCGGGUCCUGGGAGGGGCCAGGGUGAGGGCAGGGGCGGACUCGGGCAGGUACCUGCGUCCCAGGACCACCGUUCUAGGGGUGGUGGACGUGGGCGGCUCCGGCAUGAGUUCGGGGGCCGCUCCGCGACUGCGGGCGCUCCAGCGACACCUGGGCUCCUCGGAGGGCAGAGGCAUGGAGCUGGUCAGCAGCCCGCUGACCACGCAUGUGCUGGACACGGCCUCAGGGCUCCCAGCCCAGGGCCUCUGCCUCCGUCUGUCCAGGCUCGAGGACCAUGGCCAGCAGUGGACGGAGCUGAGAAAAAGCUACACCGACUCGGAUGGCCGCUGCCCGGGGCUCCUGCCACCAGGCCCGAUGAAGGCAGGCACCUACAAGCUGUCCUUUGACACUGAGGGCUACUGGAAGAAGAGGGGGCAGGAGAGCUUCUACCCGUAUGUGGAGGUCGUUUUCACCAUCACCAACGAGACCCACAGGUUCCAUGUGCCCCUGCUGCUGAGCCCGUGGUCCUACACCACGUAUCGAGGAAGCUAGUGGCUGAGCCAUCGCCUCCUCUGGACAACUGCUGGCCUGUGAGCAUCAAUCCCAUCCCCACAGCUCACUGGGACACCUCAACAGAGGGCACCAGUUCACACUCCCUGUGGGAGAUUCUGGCCCCCCAAAUUCCAGUAGCUGCUGAGUCUCAGGCAUCAAUAAAGUCAGUGCUGGCAUCUGCAA